GUGACCCGGAAAUCGCUGUAGCGGCGCCUCAAUGAAGGCGGCGCGGAAAGCUUUGUCGCGCGCUUCGAGAGACGCCCGAGUCACGUGGCACAUCUGCCCGGAUUGGGCGCCACGAGCGAGCGGGUUUGACUGGGUAAAGAGGAGCAGAGAACGAGGAGGGUCGCCGCUCUGGCACAGCAUCUCGCUGCGAGCUUUUAAGGCCCGGCCCUUACUUGGAGGACUAGAGCAGCACGCACUCUUAUGACGAGGGUCCGCCGCGCGCCGCUGCGGCCGGGCAGCCGCACGAGACUGAGACCUACCUGAUCGCCUCCUCCCUUCGGCCGCACGCUCCAGGGCGUUGCAUGAACAUUCCUGCAUCUGCAACGUGAAUGCAAAAGCCGAACCUCCUAUCUGUGGCUGGAAUAUGGUUCCUCAGCAGAUGAUACCAAUGUGGCGGCGGCUGCUUGCAUAUCCCACUUUGUGGUCUGGACUGCAGCACCUUGGAGAGGAGACAAGACACAAAGCUGAGCUUAUGAUGUUUCAUCCUAGUUCCAAAUAAUUAAGCACCCUUGGGACUUCUCAUUGAACUGAUAUUAACUUGGGUCUUUUCAGCUCUUAGAAGUGCCUUGAACAGAUUUCAGCCUGUCGGCCGCUAGUAUGAUGCCAUCUCAUUUUAAGUGUGUGCAAGAACUUCUGUUAAUCUUUGCCUUCAGUUUGGCCUCCUGCAGGGCUACUGAUGCCCUGUACCAUGACUACUGUGUCAUUGGGGCUGGCCCCGCGGGCUUGCAGAUGGCAUAUUUCCUCCAACAUGCAGGCCGGGACUAUGUGGUCUUUGAACGCAGCCAUGCCCCUGGGGGCUUCUUUGCCCUGUAUCCACGCCACCGGAAGCUUAUUAGUGUCAACAAGCGUUACACUGGCAAAUCCAACAGCGAGUUCAACCUUCGCCAUGACUGGAACUCGCUACUCAGCCACAACCGCCAGCUGCUCUUUCGACACUACUCCAAGGACUUUUUCCCGCAUGCUGAUGCCAUGGUGCAUUACCUGGGGGACUUUGCUUCCAUGCUAGACCUCCAGGUGCGUUACAACACAUCCAUCACCCGUGUGAUGCUGGAAAAGGACAUUAAGGCAUGGAAUGGCCAUUUCUUCAUCCUUACUGACCAGAAUGCUCAGUUCUAUAAAUGCAGUGUCCUCCUGGUAGCUACGGGAACGUGGGUUCCUAACAAAGUGAACUUCCCUGGUUCAGAAUACGUCGAAGGCUAUGAGUCUGUGUCCAUCGAUCCAGAAGACUUCAUUGGCCAAUCUGUACUGAUCUUGGGCCGAGGAAACUCUGCCUUUGAGACAGCAGAGAACAUUUUGGGCGUCACCAAUUUCGUGCACAUGGUGGGCCGCUCUCGUGUUCGCCUUUCCUGGGCCACUCACUAUGUUGGAGAUUUGAGAGCCGUUAACAACGGCCUCCUGGACACGUAUCAGCUGAAGUCCCUGGACGGGCUUCUGGAAGGUGACUUGGAAGACUUGGUUCUCGUCAAGGAUAAGAAAGGAAAGCUGCACAUCACCCUCCGCUUCUACCUGGAGAACAGCAACAGCAGCGAAGCAGAUUCCAUCCUCCUCCCUCAGGACGAGCUGGACAACUUUGCCACUCGAGCACCUUACGACCGCGCCAUUGGCUGCCUCGGCUGGAAAUUUGACUUCUCCAUAUUCAACAAGUCUGUGGGGCUGAUGCAAGGCAAGGGCAGUAAGAAGAAGUAUCCGCUGAUCAAGCCCAGCUACGAAGCCAAAGCCACUCGGGGCCUUUUUGUUCUGGGCACCGCAAGCCACUCAGUUGACUUCAGGAAAUCUGCUGGAGGCUUCAUUCACGGGUUCCGAUACACAGCUCGCAUAGUUCACCGUUUAUUAGAAGUCCGUCACCACGGAGUCCCCUGGCCAUCCUCCCUCUACCCCAUUAUGCAGCUAACGAAUGCCAUUGUCAAGCGAGUGAAUGAGGCGUCUGGGCUCUAUCAGAUGUUCAGUGUGCUAGCGGAUGUCAUUCUGCUAAAAGAGAAUGCCACAGAAUUUGAGUACCUGGAGGAGUAUCCGGUUGGGGUCCUGCAAGACCUGGAAUGGCGCACGGGGAAAAAAGUUCAGAAUGGGCUUUUUGUCGUCAUGAUGGAGUAUGGGAAGAACUUUUCUGGGCCUGACAAGGACGUCUUCUAUUACAACCGCGCUGUGGGUGAAGCACGCCAUGCUUGGCAGUCCAAUUUCCUGCAUCCUGUCAUUUAUUACUACAAACGCCUCCCUACUGAGCGUGAGAUGAGGCUCUGCCCACCAGACUGGCCCUUGCCCCGUCCAGAUGCUAUCCAUCACAUUGUGGAGGACUUUUUGACAGACUGGACCGCUCCAAAUGCCCACAUUCUCCCGCUGAGACGGUUCUUGGAGAAUUGCUUGGAAACUGACCUGCGCAGAUUCUAUGCAGAGUCGUGCUUCCUGUUCGCCCUCACGCGUCAGAAAUUGCCUCCCUUCUGCCAGCAGGGAUACAUGAAAAUGCAAGGGCUCAUGGGUAAUGAGAGGCUUAGUCGUCAUGGAGUAGAAGCAGGACUGCUUGAAGACUACACUGCUGUGGACUCCCCAGAUGAGCGGGAAACUGGCAGAACACAGUCACAUGGCCCGCUGUUGGAAGAUCACAUGAUACCAAACCACCAGCUGCAGCAUCUCAUAAGCACCAAGGAUGAACUUUAGCCUUCCUUAGACUGCAUCAGGAACCACAAGGAUUGUGGUCACGGUACCAUGACAUAGACCUCUCCUGGGGCUCCAGCUUCCACUACAUAUACUUGACUUGGAUUCCUGCCCAUUCCUUUAUGGGGGACCAUGACUUGCCAAAGACUUGUGUAGAUCUGUUGUUAUUUAUGAAGAGCAGAGUCCUUUACAGGAUAAGUGAGGGCUGAAACUGGGUAAUGCUGAUGCAUCCUGUCAUUCCUGUUCACUGUUGUAGCCUGCUGAUUGUGUUGCAUUUCUGCUGUAGGGGCCAGUCUCUAGCUUGUUGCAAGGGAGAAAAGGGGAUUGCACAGAUGACUUGCCACGAAAUAUUAUUCCUGACUGCAUGUUUUGUGGUGAUCCACAGCAGAAGUCGUUGGUUAUGGAUGCUAUGUGUUAUUUUGUCCUUGCAUAUCCUUGCAGAUUUUGUAUGUGCAUGACUUUACAAUCGGUUUGGUAGUAUUGGCUAAAGGAAUGCUGCUAAUGUCCAAUGCAGGGAAAUAUUAUUGUAUCCAGGAAAGAAGGGGGAUGUCUCAAUACUCUGCUAAGGAUGAGCAGCUAGACCUGGAUCCCUUUGUUCCAUGUUUGACAAAAUGCACUGCUGCCACAGUCAUCAACUUGUUCUGUAGAACGGGCAUUCUUGUGUACCAGCUUGCUCUUGAAAGGAAGGGGAAUUCCUGCACUCUUAACAAAAUAUCUCUCCUGUUUGCACUACACCCAGUUAGAAAGUUUCCUUAAUUCAGUUCAGUUGUGAUGAAUUUUUAUUUUCUAUUGUGAUUGUAUUUGUAAUAACCUAUUUUUUUAAAAAAAAUGCAGGAGUAGGUAGGAAAACUAUCUGCACUUUAUUGCACCCCUACACACUUCCAGCAGACCAAACUGGAAAGAGUCUGUCUCUUAUCUAUAUUCCCUUAUCUAUAUUCCCUUGCUCUUUAGCAGAUGGACAGAAUAGCCUUCCUGCCACAAUCAUGGCACUUGUGCUUCCUGGGGGGGACACCUUUCCAGCAACUGAUGCUCUUUGGCAGGGAUACACUUUAGCCCUCUUGCUUUAUCUAUAAAUACUUAAACCUCAUUUCUCGCCAUCAUUUCGUCUGGAGAAUUGAAAUGAAAAGGGGUCCCAUGCCUCACCAAAAUGCUGCUGCAAAUUUAGAACUUGUCAGGAUGAACUUACAGGGUUAGGGCACAUGGAAGGGAAGGACCCGCGGCACAGUAGCUGCACAUGUUUUGCAUGCAGACAAUCUCUGAGCCCAAAGGCAUCACUUUUUUUUCUGUCUCUUCAAUGACUCUUUAAAAUCAGAGAUCCUGGUUUAAAACAAACUGGAUAAAGAAGCUGGCUUCUUGGCCUGUAGUUUGAAGUUGGCUUGUUUUUGAAACUGACAAUAAAUUGUUCCUAAACCAGGAUAUCUAGUUCAUUCAUAACGAGCCAGGAUUCUGCAAAACUGGAAACAAACACUGGCAAAAUGCUUCCACCAGGCUGCAUUAGAGGAGAAGGGGAACAAGCUCCCAUUGGCACAUGUAGUGCUAAAAACUAUAUCUUAAUACUUUUCUAGGACUUUUGCACUUGGGGGCCUCCGGCUAAGUUGGUGCAUAUGAUGAUGAUCAUACAACUCUGUCAUACUGGGAGAUUUGAAUUCCGUAUCUAAAAGAUAGUGCAGACUCAGUAUAUACAGCCUUAUUCUCUCCCUCCUCUUAUAUUCCUGUAAUUACUCCAAAGAACCUAUUGACAGUAUAUGUGUUGCCUUUAACUGGUGUUUUUCUAUUUAAAAAAAAUGCUUUAGGAAGGGGUCGUUUUUCUGUCACCCUUUUCUCUGUGUGUCUUGGGGUGAAAGACAGAUGCAGUAUCAAGAGAAGGGAUCGCCUUUGUUCAGUUCAACCUGAGGCCACACCAGAAACCUGCAGAACUUUCUUGCUUGAGAGUAUGCCACUAUCAAGCUACAGUGGUACCUCGCA